AUGGGCCGCACGUCCGACGCCCGCCUGCCGGCGCACCUGCGCACCUCGAUUCCCACGGGCAAGAACUUCACGCGCAUCAAGCGCGACGUGCGUGCGCUGGGUCUCGCCACCGUGUGUGAGGAGGCGCGCUGCCCCAACAUCGGCGAGUGCUGGGGCGGCGAGAAGGGCACGAGCACGGCCACGAUCAUGCUCAUGGGCGACACGUGCACCCGCGGCUGCCGCUUCUGCAGCGUCAAGACGUCCCGUGCGCCGGCGCCAGUCGACGCUCACGAGCCGGAGAACGUAUCCGAGGCCAUCUCACGCUGGGGGCUGGGCUACAUCGUGCUCACCUCCGUCGACCGCGACGACAUGUCCGACGGCGGCAGCGCGCACAUUGCGAGCACCAUCUCCAACAUCAAGCUCAAGGCGCCCGACACGCUCGUCGAGGCGCUUGUGCCCGACUUCCAGGGCAACCGCGAGCACAUUGAGAAGGUGGCGCGCAGCGGGCUCGACGUGUUCGCGCACAACAUUGAGACGGUCGAGCGCACGACGCCAGACGUGCGCGACCGGCGGGCAGGCUACCGGCAGACGCUCGGCGUGCUCAAGGCUGCCAAGGACAUGGUGCCGAGCCUGCUCACCAAGACGAGCAUCAUGCUGGGCUGUGGCGAGGAGGACGCCGAGGUGGAGCAGACGCUGCGAGACCUGCGGGAGCACAACGUCGACGUCGUGACGCUCGGCCAGUACAUGCGCCCGACGAAGCGGCACAUGAAGGUGCAUGCCUAUGUCUCGCCCGAGAAGUUCUCGCACUGGGAGACGCGGGCCAAGGAGCUCGGCUUCCUGUACGUCGCCAGUGGUCCGCUUGUCCGCAGCAGCUACCGCGCCGGAGAGUACUUUAUCGAGAACGUGCUCAAGAAGCGCCGCGGUCUUGCUGGCGAAGGCAGUCCGGCUGGACCGGCGGCCCUCAGCAGCGAGUCUGGCACCGGACUUGCUGGCGAGGCGCGGUCUUAG